AUGCGCUUCCGAGCCUCAUUGAAGAACACAAGCGUCUUCACCAAAUUAACCGCCUCUCUAUCAUCUCUGGGUAAGAUAUGUUGGAUGCGCGUCGAACAGGAUGUCGUACGCUUCACAAUCAUUCCAGAGCGAGGCACCCAAGUAUGGUCCCAAAUUCCUGUUGACACCAUAUUCGAGGAAGAGGACUACCAAUGUAUCGCCCAAGGAGAUGGUAUCAACAUCGAAAUCAACGUCGGCAUGCUAAAUCGUAUACUCCGCUCCGCCAUCGGCUCCACAUCCGCCCAAUUACGUCUCACCAAAAAAGAAAAACAACCCUUCUUAGCUUUAUCAGUUCUGACCAGCUACUGGUCCGAUGGCAAACCGGUGGAUCGCGCAUCAACAGUCGACGUGACAGGGGAGGAACGAGUCCGGGAUCGCGAAACAUGGGUAACGCAUGAUAUGCCUGUUAAGAUCCUGCACCCGUCAGCGGUGGAAAACCUCCAUGAGCCGCGUUGUCCAGACCCAGACGUGCAUAUCAUUCUCCCUGGGCUGGCACAGCUGAAGAACAUUUCGGAUCGAUUUACCAGGAUUGCAUCUUCGAGUGCGAAGGGUAGUCAAGUGGGCCUUGUGGCGGUGGAUGCGCCUUCGACUGCGGGGGGAGCUGGGGCUGCGGCGCUUUCAGCGAGUGAUGUACCGAAGUUGGAGCUGAGUGCCAAUAUGCAUGGGAAGUUACGAUUGUCGAUUUCUACGGAUGAGUUGAAGAUUGCAAGUGCUUGGUCUGGACUUGUGAAUCCGCCCUUGGACCCGGCUCAUAUUAAUCAUGAUGAGUAUUCGCAGUUGCCGAGUACGCGGAUGCGGGAGAUUGGCGAGGAUGAUGAGUCGGGGUGGGCUAGGGUGCGCAUUGAUCCGAGGGACUGGGGUCGGGUGUUGAGUGUUGGGAGAUUGAGCCCUAGGGUGGUUGCUUGUUUUGUUAACGAGAUGGCCUUGGUUCUCUACGUCUACUUACCCGGCAGCGACCAAGAGUCCUGUAUGACUUAUUACAUCAAUUCUUUUACCACGUGA